CAGAUCACAGGUAAAACACAUAGAUGUAUUAAAAACGAAAUCUGUUUGUUUUGCAUUUGAACAAUAUACCUCUUAAAUAACUAAAUACUAAUUGUUAAUAAUUAGUACUUAGCGAUAAGGCAAUAUAAGUUUUUAUAAAUAAACAUCGUGGAAGUAAAUUACUUUCAAGGCAAGAAUAUCGAUUUCUUAUCAUUUAAGCAAAUAAUGGAGAAGCACCCAGAUGGCCAACACAAAACUGUGCCACCAAUAAAAAUUAAAAACGUUCGUUCCCUACAAACCGUUCACGUUUCGGAUGAUGAUGACUCUGGAUCUACAUCAGAGAACGAUAAUUUGCAAAUAGAUGAAACAUACGAUCCUGUUGUUAUCAAAGAAGAGCCAUUUAUAAUAGAGCAUGACAAUAUGGAAAUUGUGGAACAAUACGAGAUGCCUCACCGCACCGCUAGGAAGAAAAUUCGUGCUCCCAAACCAAAUGACUCGGAUUCUGUUUUUGUAAUCGACGGAGAUACCAUGGGAACCGAUCAGCACGAACAAGGUUACCACGAUAGUGCAACAUCCAACAGACACUCAGUAAACAGCGAGGAAAGUGUAACGAACUCGGGAUCGCUGGCGCGUAACACUUCGGGACAUAGCUCCAAAGGAAAUCGCCGGAAAAGUCAUCACGUUCCGAAGCAGGUGGGGGAUGUCGUCUUUGAAGAAGCAACGAUUCUGACCGUGGACGACGAAGAUGAUGACGAUGAUGCAGGCACUAGCGAUGAUCCAAACAGGAACCUAAUGAAGAAUAUUGCGAUGUUGAAAACCUGUAUAAAUUAUGUGCUCGAGAAUCAAAACUGUCGGACGCUGUCGUUCAAACAUAAUUAUGAUAGUACCGCCAAAAUGAUUGAACAUUACAAACAAUCGAAUAAUAAAUAUUAAUUAUUUCAUACAAAA